ACUAGUCUACUAGUCUUCGCUCCUCGGUCUUCACCAUCGCCUACCCCAGUAAAAACCCUCUCUCUCUCUCUCUCUCUCUCUCUCUCUCCCACACACUCACACACAUUGACCUUUCUCCCCUCCAAGUAUUGCCACUGUCAUGUGGUUUUCUUCCAUGAUCGCUGGGUUCUCUCUCUCUGGGGUUGCGCUUCAUUUCCCCUCCAACUCACUGAACACAGUAAACUGUGAUCCCAUUGAUUCCUCCCACUGGAUUUUCCAUCCGGGUACGCCGCACACUUCAAUUUCAAUCAGAAAGUUUUGAUCUUUUCUCAAAUUUCCCCUGAUUUCCACCUGGGUUUUCUUCCCUGUCCCAUUUGAACCUCAUUACACAUCAAUCUAUCCAAAUCCCCACCUGGGUAUGUCUAAUUCCGUUCCUUUGGCUGAAUACAUUCCAUUAUGAGGAGUUUUUCAUUUGGGUCAGUCAAUUCAAAGCCCUUCCAUUCUUACCCAAGGGGAGACUUUGAUUUAGAAUCCGGUACAAUCAGAAGAACCAGAAAGCCCAAACAAUCACUACUGCUUGAUCCCAUCAAGAUGUUUAAAUCUCUUGUAAACCUUGUCCAUUACUACUACAAGUCGCACCCAAGAUUUGUUGUCUUCAUUUUGUUUUGUUUUGGGAUCAUAAUGCUCACAAUUCUAACCAUUUACAAAAGCCAGUUCAUGGGGAUCAAUAAUUACAGGCAAUAUGAUGUGCGUUCUGAUACUGACCCAUUUGCAAGGCUUAAGAAUCUUGUGAUGGUUGCUGGGCAUUCAAUUUAUACUAGCAGUAGUUGUGGGAAAGUUGGGAUGGAGGAUUCUUGGUUUCUGGAGUCUUAUCAGAAGCGUCCAGGGCAGGCAGCUACUUUUGUGGCACAUAUAAAGGAGGGAGUAGAAACUGCGGCCGUUGAUGAUGAGGCCUUGCUUUUGUUUAGCGGUGGUGAGACUAGGAAAGAUGCCGGGCCUCGUAGCGAAGCACAGAGCUAUUGGACUGUUGCUGAAUCAGAAAGAUGGUUUGGCAAGCAAGAAAAUGUGAGAUGGAGGGCACUCACAGAAGAGCAUGCCAGGGACAGUUUUGAGAAUCUUCUUUUUAGUGUUUGCCGUUUCCGGGAGCUUACUGGAAUAUAUCCUCAUAAUAUAACUGUCGUAAGUUAUGAUUUCAAGGAGGAGAGAUUUGUGCACUUGCACCGCUCCGCAAUCCGUUUUCCAGAGGCUAGGUUCUUCUACUCGGGAACCCCAGCUUCACCAACCGCAAAGGAAGCAGCUAUGAAAGGUGAAGCAAUAGUGAGGGCUCAAUUUCAAGCCGACCCGUAUGGCUGCAUAGGUUCGCUUCGCCGCAAGAAACUAGGGCGAAAUCCUUUUCACCGGUCAGUCCCUUACCCUAAUGGCUGUCCUGAAAUCGAAGGGUUGUUCAGAUAUUGUGGUGCAUCCCUCUAUUCAGGUUCCCUCCCGUGGGCUUAGUAUGUUUAAACUCCAUGCUUUUUUUUUUCUCUUUACUGUAUUGAAUUUUGACUCAUAAAUAAUUGUUAGAACUCUUAAACUAACAAUACCCUUUAGAUGCUUAACCCCACCAUACAAAAUCACUGUAUUGUCUACAGCCAGAUGAGUCAGAACUCAUUUUUCUAUGCACCGGUCACCAUGUUAUUUCUCUA